UCUCUAUGUAUUCUUCUUCAUUUCUUUCUUUCUUUCUUUCUUGUUGAUUUUUUUUUCCUGAGAAAGAACAACUAGAUCAUAUUUAUCAAACAACAUGGGAAGAGGCAAAAUUGAGAUCAAGAGAAUUGAGAACUUGAAUAGCAGGCAAGUUACCUUCUCCAAACGCCGCAAUGGGUUGCUCAAAAAGGCCAAGGAGUUAUCGGUUUUAUGUGAUGCGGAGGUUGGUGUCAUCAUUUUCUCUAGCACAGGCAAGCUUUAUGAGUUUUCAAGUUCCAGGAUGGACCAAAUUCUUUCAAGAUACAAUAAAGGCAUAGAAGUGGAAUGCCGAGAACCUCCUGUUGAUGAGCCCUGUCAAGAGCAGUCAGAAUUAAAAGCUCUGAAAGAAGAACUGGCAAGGCUGCGUUUAACAUAUUUGCGGAUGAAAGGCAAGGAACUGAACAACUUGGGCUUCAAAGAAUUGCAACAAUUAGAGCACCAAUUAAGUGUAGGGAUAUUAUCUGUCAAGGAUAAGAAGGAGCAAGUUUUGGUGGAGCAGCUUAAGAGAUCCAGAUUACUGGAGCAAAAGGCCAUGCUAGAGAAUGAGGCUCUACGGAAACAGAUGGAAGAGCUUCGACGUUCAAGAUCGCCUUUGCUUGAAUUCAAUCCUCUAGAGAAAAGAUUUUCCUUCAUACGUUCGAAAACUGAUUGCCAUGGUAAACCAGAAGAGGAAGAUGAUCAUUCAGACACUUCAUUGCACUUGGGGUUAUCAUCAGAUGUUGGGCGGAAGAGGAAAGCACCAAAGAUUGAGGCUAAUUGCAAUGACUCGGGGAGUCAAGUAGCGUCAGAGUGACACACUUAUGUUUCUUAAUAUGGCCAACAGAAAUAUUUGUUUUUUUUUUUUUUUUUUUUGGAUUCCCCAGAGUUGCAUAUUACUUAUCAUAAUGUUAAAAUCUAUGUUUUUAUACAAAUUUUUAUACUUGAUUUGUUGAA